AUGAAUGAGGUGCGACACGUUUUGACAGCUUUGAGAACUCCCGCGAAGAGUUCGACCUUGAACAGUGGCGUCACGAGUAUCGCGACGGCAACGUGGUACGACGUCCCGACGCCGAUAAUCGUACAUUGUCGUGAGUUCCGCGAUGAGACGAAACGCGACAUUAUCAAAAAUGACGAAGCGGGAGACCGUAAAAGAACCUGCGAUAAUGAGAUGGGAAUAAGGCUCGUUGAACAAAGGAUGGCCAGGUCCUUAGAAGGAGAUACGAAAGUCUUGUCAUCGAAAGACAAUGUUUCGGAAAAAGACACGACGAUGGGACCUCUCGCUGGAAGACUCUCGCAGUCUUCCGAUAACGUCGACGCCGUGGACAAGGCGUCGUCGCGAAACAACGCGGAGGUCGUCGUGAAUAGAUCGAGUAAAGUUCGCGCGGAUGUCAGGCCUUGCAGUUUCGAAGUAAAUCCCGAGUUUCGCGUAAACGACUCGAGGACUCGAGAUGGGAAGAGACGCAGUACUAUGGAACUGAAUGCCACCACGACGGUGAAGACGGACGCCGAUGGAGUGCCGACCAUCAGUUUUAGUUUUUUGCGCGCCGAUGAGAAUGUUCACGAGAACGACGACGAGAUCGUUAUUCUGGAGGUUGACACGAGCGAUCAAACUGAUUUCUCAGGAAAUCAGCUGUAUGAUCAUCCUAAAAGCGCCGUUCUAGAAAAUAAUCAAGCUCCCUUAGAACGAACCGGGCAUGAUAAGGAAAUAAAUUCGGGUGAGCCCUCAUUACCAACGAUUUGCCAGGAUCUUUACGACGUGCCGAAAUCAACACGCAAGGACGUGUCUUCGAACGAUUUGCAAGAGAAAGAGAUGCCAAUCUGCAAUCCCGCUCAAGAAAACUGCAAGAGCACGAAUAUAAUUGUUCCACCUGAGAAGAAUAAGAACCAACAACGCGAUCAGAUGAAACGUUCUACCAGAUCGCUCAAAUCUGGCAGAAGAAGCUACGGCGCGUCAGAUAGCGACGGUUACGACGCCGGCAUAGCGUCGAUGUCGGGCUCGUAUUCGGAUCCGGAGUGCCCGAACGAGGCGGCGUUGUCGGAGAGUGGUGAUUCGAGCCGCAGCAAGCGACUGAAGUUGCAGAAGCGACGACUGGGCAAGGCUUGGGGUAGGAUGCGUAGCUGGCUGCGAGAGGAGAAGACCAGGAUCGGCCAAGUGGUCAACAGGCACGCCAAGUUGCAAGCGGUUGGCGCGCUCAGUCCCGAGGUGCGAAGCAAUUGUGCCACUCCCACGGGAACAUCUAAGAGCAAGCAGCGUGGCUUCUACGAUCUAACGCGAGCUCACACCCAGGAGUCUGGUUCGAUCACCAGAGUGGAGGAGUUUGGUCUAUCGUCGGUGUCGGAGGAAGCGAACGUUUCCGAUGACACGGAGAGACCAAUGUCAGCAUCGCCCGAUUCGGGGAAGAUGUCAGCGAACAGAACGAGAAGAUUGCGCGGCAACCUGCGAAGAAAGACGGCCAGUUCGGACAACAUUUUGGAAAGCGACAGGACAAAGUUACAGUUGCCAGGAUCUUUGAGCAUGGAUAAACUAUGCUCACAUGUGACAGAGAACGACGAGAUGAAAACGACACCAACGACGACGGCGACGACGAUGGCGACAGUGCCGACAAUGACGACGAUGAUGGCGGGGACCAGUGAUGCCGAAGCGUCGGGGGAUCACGGUGGGAAAAGUAGUCUGAUUAAGAGGAGAAUGCUCGGCUCAAUUAGAGGGUUAAUGGCCUCGACUCAUCUAUUGCAAACCUACGAGUCCGACGAGGGAGGACAAGGCGGUUUCGAGGAUGUGCGAAGAUAUGUCAAACAAGGAGGCGACUUUUGCAAGGACUUGGCAUCGAUUCUUCAUGAAAGAGCCGAACUGGAAGCUACGUAUGCGAAAGGAUUGAGCAAACUCAGUAGCAAGCUGACAAAAGCCUGCGCCAAAGAUCAAGGUGGUAAUAGCAACGGAGGUGUGAACGAGGCGUGGAGGUGUGUCGGCGAGGAGAUGGAGGCUGCAGCGGAAGCACAUCGGUUAUGGGGCAUCGCGUUAAGCGAACAACUUGCCAAACCGCUCAGAGUGGGUGUAGCGGAGACGCAGGGCCGAUCGAGAAAGAGCAUCGAAAAUUCGGUGGACAAAGCAUCCAAGUCGCUGCAAGAAUGGCGUGGAAUAGCGGCAAAGAGUAAAAAGCAGAGCUUUGCGUGCGCGCGCGAGAACGAGAGGUUGCAGGAUUUGGCGCGGUUGCAGACCAUCAGUCAAAGUCAGCAGAGCAACAAUAGGUCGUCGACGUCGAGUCAUCACGUUACGGAGAAAGAAGCGAGCAAACUGGAGACUAGACGAAGGAAAGCCGAGGACUCUUCGCGACGAGCGGACACCGAAUUCUACACGGUCAGCGUGAGAGCCGAGAGAGCUAGGCUCGAGUACGAGAGCACGAUGAAGAAAGGCGCGAAGCAGAUGGAAUUGCUCGAGGAGGAACGACUGAGCGCCCUAAAAGACCUCGCCAACGUGUACUUGACGCACUUGCAGGCGCUCGCGCCGCGAUUGCAGCAGAGCGUCGAUCGCUUACUAACGCCCGUGCGCAGUUGCAACGUGUCGCAGGACUUAGAGAUCCUAAAAAAUCUCGUACGCCGAAUGGAUAAUCACGAUGUGACGAACGCGGAACAAUUAUUGCCGGAUUUCUACGCCGAACACGUGACUUUAGCGAUGAACCGCGAACGGCGAAAACAGGCAUUGGUGAGGGUGCUGCAUCUGAUAAGGCAAGAUCUCGAGCGAGAAAGACGAGGUAGAGAAGGCCUGGAAACAUUACACCGAGCUUUCGUUAAGACUCCAGCGUUUGCGGCGGACGAAAGCACACAAAACGUAACGGAUAAACUAAAUCACAUGCGUUCAAUGUUGUUGUACUUGGAAGCGGCUAGGUAUAAAGUCAGUGGUACGCUCGCUGAAGUGGAGGGUAGCAAACGAAUCAAACAUCCCUUAUCGGACCAUAUUUUAGUUUCGAGAGACAAGCAGGGUUUGCAGCAAAGUGUUCUCAAGAUUCCUUCUUGGGCAAAGAAUGAAUCUUUCGAGGUUCAGGACAGUGACGACGACCUCGAGUUGCAUUUGACCAAGGAUCAGGACGGCGAAACUCGCGAUUGGAAUGAUCGCACUGCCGGUGACGGCAAUUCAGAGAAUCCACCGGACGAAGAUGAUUUUAGUGACUUCGACGAGUUUAGCAGUCACUCGGAAGACAACAACAAUCAAAUUGAUGGUACGGAAGUACCUUCAGCUAAGAUUGAACGCGCAGAGCAAUGCCGAGCGAUCUACCAAUAUUCCGCGAAACUAAAUGACGAGCUCAGUCUUAGUCCGGGAGACCUGAUAACUGUUCAUCAGAAACAGCCAGAUGGCUGGUGGAUAGGCGAGUGCAGAGGCCGUACCGGUAUAUUCCCUGCCACUUAUGUCCAAGUCAUUCAUUAGCAUAAACGUGAAUGAUUUCACAUUAUAUUGAUAUGCAUAGGGAGAUAUAUACAUACUAACAUUUCAAAGAAAACGUGAUGAGACGUCGACCACGUGUAAUGAUGAUAGUAUCCUCUUACAGGAGUUUCCAUCUGGCUUCGUUAAAUCAGAUAAGAGUAUUAUAAUGUGCCAAUAACGUUACAUGCAACGAUUACUUUAUAUUUGCACAUAUCGAGGAUAUUCGAUCACAAGUUCGCAUAAAGAUGACUUGAGAAUACCAAAUAGUAGUUACCAUCACAUUCAAUACAUCUAGUGUCGAGGUCUGGUGGAAAUAUUUUAAUCAUGUCGUUAUUAUUUUUUUUUUUGCGCUAUGUAUACAUUUAUCGUUACUCUGUUACUACUAUAUAUAAUAAUUAAUGCUUGUUUAUACGUAUCGUUAAAACGUACUGUGAAAAAGAUCGGUCUGAGUUACGACUCCGAAUAGUUUUAUUAAUUCUGAUGACAAUGCAUUUUAACUCAUCGUGCGUAUUAUAUCUAUAAUUCUUAUAAAAAUAAGCAAUAUAAGUUUAAUCGCAUGAUCUAUCUUACUGAAAAGUUACUU